CGAGAGGGUGAGACAGCAGGUGAUACUCGUGUCCGAUGCCAGAGACGUGUUGCGGAACUCGCUGAAGAGCUGGAGAUGCUCAAAGAAGUGCUUGCGUGCUCCGAGAUCGAAAAUGUCGAGCGGAUUGCAGCACAACUACACGAGGCGAAGCAGGAGGCGGAUCGGACGGCAAGUGAAGCGGCAGCAGCUGUUGCAACUGCACAGGAGGCAGCUGAACGUGUUACGGCGCUUGCUGCAGAUCUUGAGCAUGCUCGGGCCGAGGCGGACUCUUUUGCGCUUAUCGCAGAGCUAGAAGCAGCAAAAGAGGAUGCGGACAAUGCUGCCGCUUACUGGUCCGAUCCGACUGAUGCUGAAGACUGUCGAAUCUAUUGCGAAGGUGGUGCACCAAUAAUGAAUGACAAGUGCAAUUCACAGAAAUACUCAGAUGAUCUUCCUGAUGAGCGAUCAACACUGCAGCCAAUUCAGCAAUUGCCAUCUUCUACACCUCCGUUGGACGAGAAUGAGGACGCCAGCCCAAUGCCCGAGUUGGCUGCAUCGCCAAGUGGCGCUUGCUCACCGCAGACAGCAGGUUCGCCCAGCCAACGUGCUGGAUGCUACUUAGUUUUAGAAGACAAGAACCAAGGCACACUCACAGCUACAUGGUCGCGGAUGAUGCCAACGUCUGGCCGGAAUCUCGCCUAUAUCUGCCCCGGCAAGAAGGUUGCAGAUUUUAAGUACAAAAAUGGAGGUCGGCAGGAACUCAAGCGUGGAAUCGGCAGUGCUGGAGCGAAGCCUAAAUGUGCAGCAUGGAUCGAUUUUGUGAAAAUAGCUCGCGCUUUUAUGGGUCAGCUCUCUGUUAUUGAAAAUGAUGGCGUAUCCCUCAUCUUGCAUCACAGGACGGAGUUCGUCAGCAAGAUUAGUCAGGGUAGCUCUGGAGCCUUUGAUGAUGUCAUUGCCUGUGCCGCCGUCCCCGAGCUCUCGCGCUCCUUUGAUGUCGAAAAGAUGCCGUCUCAUAUGUUCAGCGGCAAGGGUCAGACAGAAGGCGCAGUAAUCGUUUUCAAGUGA